AUGGCACCGCGGACAAGCAGCCGCGGCGCCAAACGCCGCGCAAAGCCCAAGGGGCAGCGGCUCGAGCAACGCCGCCAACUGGAACAGCGAUACUCAGCCGUGCUGGCAAACAAGCCCGCCGCACAGAUUCUGCUGCCGAACCCACACGACAGGAACACAAGCGCGGCCCACUGGCGACUCGAGAUUUCGCGAGCAACGCGCCUGCUGGACCUGCUCCAAGAGCCCGACCACGCCCAGAUACAAGAAGCCCUCAACACGGCAUAUGCCGACAGCUUCCAGGACGAAGACGAGUACCUGAAACAAGACAUGCCCAAGACUGAAUCGCCGGAACUGGAAAGCACCGCAUGGGUCGAGGCCUGCCUCGAGCGGCUCCACGCCAUCGUCAUCAUAACUCGGAUGAAGCACAAGAUCGAGCAGCUCAGCACGCCGGAAAGCCAAGAUCACCCAUGGGAGGCGCGCGUACGGCAUCGCCAGACAGCACUCCAUCGCUUGUUCCAGGCACAUGCCACGCCAGUCCACCUUCACGACCCAUUCCAGCGCCUCUUACCCCGGCCGGAAGACGAGUCCAUCAGCAAGCGCGCCUGGGAGGACUGGCUGUUCGCCGUUCGACAGCUACUCCGACCCGUACCUCAGGGAGACCGCAUUGGAUCGCACAGCUUCGUGCUGCACCACUUCGACGCAGCACUACGACGGGAUCCCAGGCUGCGCAAGGCGCUACCGCAACCAGAGACCGCCACGGACACGAGGAUGGACGCAUGGCAACACGCCUUCCUCGGCGCAGUGGAGGCCAUUGUCACAGACAACCAAAGUGCGGCUCAAGAGAACAGGCAAGCAGUACGAGCACGAGGGACUCCUCAGACUGCGAGUCCCACAGCAGCAACAACGACAGAAAGAGCAAGCACCGUCAUGAAAAGAACAACCGUGCCCCCAAACAUCGAGGCACGGCGGCGCGAGCAAAAGACGGCACACAGGAAGUGCACAACGAAGACAUGCAGCACAGCGAGCCAAGCCAAUGCAAACACCACUGAGAGCCGGGCUCUAGCAAGUGUCCCCCCACCGAAGAUUGCUGGGAGAGAGCCGGAAGACGAGAGGCCAAGCGCUGUACAGACAAUCCGCUGCCGCUACCGCCCGGAGAGCAAAAGCCCGCCUGCACAUCAACAGCCACCAAAGAUCGAAGCUGAACACUUGAGAUGA